AUGCAGAAACAGGGCGCAUUGCGAGAGUCCAAAGUCAGAAAAUCACCGCCUCGCCCCUUGGGGAGCAUACCAGACAAGCUGGCAAAAACGAAAGCACGAGUGUCACCAACUACAAAUUCCAAACCACUGGUCCCCGCCGCCGAGAGGAGGAACGCAACAGAAGAUGCAAAGCUUGGCAAGAUCAAGAAGGAUUUAGAGGGUGAGAAAUGGGACAUCACCCCAGACGGAGGCUCUGCGGGCCGCGAAGGUAGACAGUUCACUGUCGCCAACGUGGGGAACAAUGGCAAAAUAUACUUGAGGCCUACCAUCCGGCCUGCCAAUCAGCGCUACCCUCAACCUAACUUCGUUUUUCCGAUAACGCCACCAAGUACGGCAGGCUUUGAUGUUCUUGCCGUUUCUGGAGACCCUCAGGAGGAUAUCAGCGAGCUUCAUUCAGGCCAAUGGACGCCUACUCCGCUGACUGCGCCAUCUUCACCAUUUGCGACAAAGCAGAAAUUCCUAAGUGCUACGAGGCCACCUGCGCGGCCGCGACAUCGCCGCGCAAUGUCGGAUUCAACCGUGCAAGAUGUGAGUAUAGCCCACGAGUCGGAGAGCGGGGGAUUCAAGGUCGUCAUAUCAAAACCGCGCGACGAUGCCAAGGCCAGGACUACCGAGGAUAUCAACCCCGAUGGCUCUCCACUGCUCCAAGUAAGCAUUCCAUCCUGGAGGAUUGGGACACCUCGAUUUUCUAUGCGCGGAACAGCGCUCAUUCGAGGAUCAUCUUACGCACCGACUGAGGAUCCUCGAUCGAGUAACGUCUCUUUCUUCCAAAAAUCCCAAAGGGGUGGAGGUGAUGUCAACUCCUUAUACCCCGGAGCCAUGACCCCCAGAAAGCCUAGCCCCAUUCCCACACCUCAUAUCAGAUUUCCGUCCCCAAAAUUACAUAGCCCCUCGUCACCAAGGUUUCCGGGUCCGGCGCGAGCAACCUAUCUUUCGACGCAUGUGGUUAUUGAGCCUAGCAUGUUUGAUACUCUAACUUUCAAGCCUGGCUGUGAUGACCGGUUCAUCGUUCGCUACUCAUCAACAACUGGCUCAGUAACAGCUGCGAUACCAUCCCGACUGGUUGCAGAGAUCACUUCGCCGAGCUUUCUGGACUACGAACUGAUAUCGGAUUUCUUCCUUACUUUCCGCGCAUUUCUGGACUCGGCUGAUCUGGUCCGUAUGUUGAUUGCAAGACUUAGAUGGGCAGUCUCACGUGACGAUGAAAUCGGAAUGAUAGUGCGAGUGAGGACAUUCGUCGCUAUUAGACACUGGAUUCUCAACUAUUUCAUGGAUGACUUCGUGGUUGAUUACCAUCUGCGAGUUACGUUCUGCAACCUAUUGAACGACUUCGUGGAGGAGGUGUCGCAUGAUACGAAUGAGCAUAAAGUUCAAAUCAAGAUUCUGGCCGAGCUCAAGAAGUGUUGGAGACGUAUUUGUGCUCAAUAUUGGGAUGGUCCUCAGUUCGACUCGAAUCUUGGCCCUGAAAUUCCCAUUGCACCUGGCGGAAUUGCCGGUCAUCGCAAUCCGAGCUUGGAUCCCAGCAUCUGGGAAAACGAAAGCAUCGAGCCGCCCCAGCUUCACGACUUUGGCUUUAUUCAAAACACUCAAGACAAACAGCCUACUGAGACGAGCUUCUUCAUUGAUGUGGAUAGAGCGGGUCACAUUGACUCAAUACUCAACGGAAGGGAGGAGACUGCUACACCUCAACAGCGACCUAGCACUGGAGAAUCUUUCAGGCGUCAUGCAGCUUCACCGACAAGUAUUGGCAGUAUGGACGUCAUCUCGUGCUCGUUCCCAACUAAAAGCUUGCGGACACCAGCAGAUCCGAUGAGGCGACCUCUCGGGGCUCAUCCAGUGGACCCCGGCUCCAUCUACAACACCCCGGAUCCCAUCGCGGCAACACCCCGUGCUUUGACUGGGAAGCGUGUCAGGGCUCAGCAGCCAUCGCAUAAACGCAAUAACAGUCUCACGGAUUCCAUGAGAGAGCACGCUACAACGACAGAGAAGGUUCUAUACAAAAACGCCGAAUUCUUGUUAACUCUGCCUUAUGCCGGUAGCCUGGUACGGGGUAAUCUGCUGCCACCUGGGCAAGCUUUCGUUGAGGUCGUUUCCCUAAGCUCGUCGGCAGCCAGCAGAGACACUACAAUGUUCCAGCCUCAGCCUCAUCUUGCGAACGUACGGACCUACAAGAAUGGAUCUGCAAUGUCAGGUCAGGGAAUGAAGAAGCUCCUUGGCAAUGUUCGGAGAGCACUAAGCCAUCGCGGCCAAGCACCAACACAUGGCAACUCUCUCGCUCUUGGUCCCAUUGGCCCCCGAGGUGCAACCACAAACCGACCUCCGGGAACCGCCAUUGUGCCUCAGGCUCGCCCAUCGCGUCCGAACGGGUUCAGGCCGGUCGUCAGGAUCGACAUCCUGGGAGCUGAGGUUGCCGAGGAUUUCAAGAAGGCUGUACGUGAAGACGCUGCUGCUCAGUCGAGUGAAAGGAGCGGCAGUGGAAGCCUCGCCAAAAUCACAGCGGAGGAUAUCGAGUAUUCAGUUGCACAUCUGGAUUCUUCAUUCGAGCUUCAAAACGAAGCACAAUGCCGUCCUGUCAGCGAUGCAGCGAUAACUCAAGGAAGCAAAUCCAUUGUUAUUGUCGAUGGCACGGCUCCUCCCCAUGUGCCUAUCAUGGCCGGGGCUCUUCCGAUCACGCCAGCCCUGAAUACUUCAGUGGAGGAUUUCGCCGACAGCUUCUUGCCAGGAGGUGAUGCAGGCCCGACACCUCCAAACACGCCACCGGGACAGGCUGAUGUGGACGUGCCAAGGAGAUCCUCCUAUAUCCUUGGCCAACAUGCUAUCAAACCAUCUCUAGAGACUGAUCCUCUACCUCCGUUCAUUCCGGACCUGUCGACUCUCGGAGUUGGACGGUUAUCAGAAGAUACCAGUGACCGGCCUUCAAUGGACGAGCCGUCCGCACCGUCCGUACUUUCCAUUCACCAACCUUCCAGGCGACCACCGCUAUCGAGUUUGCGAUAUCGCGGUCAUCGGCGCCAGCAGUCUAGCCGUAGCUUCCGGUCGCAACAAUCUCUAGCUCAUCGGAAAUGGGCAUCGAUCAACAGUGCGUUCCCACAAUCGACGGUAAGAAGCUUCGACGCUACAACGGUUUCGGAGAGUUCGAGAGUCUCGGAGAUAAUGCCUCCUCCGCUUCGGGUCCUUCGUCGGCGACCCGGCGGUGAUCUCAGGGGUGCUCAGAAUGUUGCAGAUCUCGACGCCUUUCCUUUGCAAAGGUCGCGAUCGGCUGGCUCCUUGACAACGUACUCUGAGUCCCUAAGAAGCUCUUACCUCCGCAGCCCGGCCCGAGACUCCAGUGGCUAUGUCGACAUUGUUAGCAGCGAUUAUUCGCGUAACCGUGGAGAAGUGUUCUCGUUGGGAGCUAUGGCCGAGAAAACGCCUGCUAAACAUCCUCUGUCCCUCUACAGCACCCAUUCGUCCAAGCCUGUGAUGCGUCCAUCUUUUGAAGCUGAGGCACAGAAGCUUGCUGCUAUCCCCGAUGAUGUUGACGAUGAUGGUGGCAUUGAGUCAGCUCUUGCUAAGCUUGAAGGCACUUUCGACAGAAGGAAGUUAUCCAUGGAGCCCCGCCGCACAUCUGCGCCAGACGUCAUGGAAAUGCAGCACGAGACUUUUGACGAAAGUCCAAUUGAGCACCAAUCUCCAGAAAAAGUCAAGCACCGUCAUCAGCACGUGGGUGACGAUGAGUUGGUUUCACCUCAAUCGCCAAGCCGAACAGUGCCGGAAUCAAGGGCCACGCUUGAGGUCCCGCACAAUGCAGAUGUUAUGUCAUUCUUAUCUGAUGGCUCCCGGGAAUCCUACAAUUCUAUUCCUUUGCUCGAAAGAGGUUUGACCGACGACGGCCGGAGUAAGGCGGACACUCAGCUUUGGGCCGACCAAUCCGUUCUUGAAGAUGACGAUGACCUCACGCCCGGAUUAGAGAGCGAAAACCCGCUAUCGCACGCGCCGCGGACCUUCGAGUUCGUGACAAAGACUGACAGUAUGGAAAGAAUCCUACCAAGCGAAACUGCGCCCAGACACGUCUCCAAGCCCAGCGAGACGCUAUCAUUCCUAGACGUCGAAAGUGAUAACGAAUCAGAUUUGUCAACCGAGAUCUCCAUGGAUGUUUUAAGCUUGAACGACUCUGGCAUGCUCAAUAGGGCUGAUGUGCCCAAGUCGGGCAUUGUCAAUUUCCAGCUGCCGACUGAUGCCAUUGCCGCUACACCUUCACCGCCAGAGAGCAACCCUCCAUCUCCUCCAAUGACUUUGGCUCAAGCUUUGAGGAUGUCACCCCAGCAGGUGCUACGUGAGCCUAAUCUUCAGGAGUAUCAGGUCUGGGCACAGAAGCCAUUACCGCCCACGCCAGAUGCUACGCCCACCAACGCCUUACAUCAGCAGCAGCAAGUUGUCUCUCCUGUAGACCCCACUGGAACUAAAGAAGCAUUACGUAAUGCUCCACAGAUUGAAGAGCAACUUGGUCGAAGGUCUUCAGUUCACCUGCCCUUCAUCCUUGCUUUCGACUCCGACACCCUUGCGCAGCAGUUCACACUGAUUGAGAAGGAUGCUCUGAACGAAAUUGAUUGGAAAGAGCUUAUCGACAUGCGAUGGAAAAACUCACAUACCGACACACGUUCGUGGGUUGAUUUUCUGCGGAACAGCGACGCUCGAGGUGUGGAGGUUGUUGUCGCUCGUUUCAAUAUUAUGGUCAAAUGGGCAAUCUCAGAGAUUGUCCUAACACAGAAUGACGUCGAACGUGCCCGCUGCAUCGUCAAGUAUCUUCACAUCGCGGCGCAUUGCAGAAGGUACCGCAAUUUCGCGACUAUGAGUCAGAUUGCGAUAGCGCUCACUUCGAAUGAGAUUGCCAGAUUAACAAAAACGUGGAACAUGAUUCCGCAGCAAGACCUUCGGACGAUGGAAGAUCUAGAGACAUUGGUGUCGCCAACUAAGAACUUUUACAACCUUCGCGUGGAAAUGGAGGGUGGCGCGACGGAGUCCGAUACAGGAUGCAUCCCAUUCGUCGGCAUAUAUACCCACGACCUUCUCUUCAAUUCUCAGAGGCCAUCAGAGAUUGCCAGCUCACCUAGCACUCCGCCAUUGAUUAAUUUUGAGCGCUGCCGUAUCGCCGCUUCUAUUGUGAAGACACUGCUGCGUCUUCUUGAAGCCAGCACACACUACCAAUUCCAGCCGAUCGAAGGCAUCACAGAACGAUGCCUCUGGAUGAGCGCACUGGGCGAUGACGAAAUCCGUCGAUGCUCGGAAACCAUUGAACCACUACUUGCAUAA